AUGCAGAGCCACGCGUCAUCGAUCCGGCGCAUUUUCAAGGAGUGGAGGGACAUUAGCACACGUGUGGAGGGGGAGUUGGCAGCUGGGCGAGAGUUAGCUUGGAGUACGCAUCCGUUAAAUUCGGAGGAACCUUUCGAGUGGCACUUUACAAUUCGAGGUCCGGCGGAUUCGGCGUUUGAAAAGGGGUUGUAUCAUGGACGUAUUACGUUGCCUCCGAAUUACCCAUUGGCACCGCCUAGCAUCUACUUUAUGACGAUGAAUGGUCGCUUCGAUGUGGGCAAGCCGAUUUGUCUAAACGUAACCAGUUACCACCCAGAGGAGUGGCAACCUGCAUGGGGCAUUGGGUCCAUUCUGGACGCCAUUCACGCAUUCUUCACAACGCCCGGGGAAAACGCCGCCUAUUCGCUGGACUGGACAGACUCCACCCGCAGACAGCUCGCUUCCCAGUCCGUCUACUACCGGUGCCCCCAAUGCGAUCGUUCCAACAAGGAACUUAUAUCCCUCGGCCACCCCCGCUUUGGGACCAACGACGCCUCGCCCAACAUCAGCCCAUUACGAAGCCCCACUACGGGGCACCAAGCCACCUCUACGGGGCACCAAGCCGGUCGCUUGCCACCUGAAGGGCACACUCCCCACUCAAACUCCCCCGCGGACGCCACAGCGGCCUCCGCUGAUGGGGCCUCCGCCGCAGGGACAUUGGCUCCAGGAACAAACCUAGACGGCACGCCUCGCCUCAGGGAGCACUCGCCUUUGGGCGCUGACUCGGAUGCGGCCGCCGCUGACGAAGAGAACACGUCCUGCUACUCGGACUACUCGCUCCUCGAAUCCAUCCCGCUCCUCUGGUGGCUCUUCUUAAAAUUCCUCAUCCGAAGCACCGACCGCAAAAUGGUCAAGCGGACGCUCUUGGGCUUCCUCGCACUCAGCCUCCUCAUCUACGCACUACUCCCCAUCGUUACCAGCGAACUCUGGUUCAUCCAAAACUUCCCCAUCGCGCGACCUGGUCAAGACACUACCCUCGGAGACAACUUCCAGUUGAACUUCGCAGAAACCACCGAAGAGUUUCCUCUGCACAGGUGGCUAGUGGCACUUGCCCUGCACCACUAA